CGGAGAGGUGAAAAGCGCAAUUAUUUUACUAAUUUAAUUGUAAUACCUGAAGCACAGAAACUACUUCAAGAUGUCUGAAGAGAAACCAAAGGAAGGCGUGAAGACUGAAAAUGAUCACAUCAACUUGAAGGUGGCAGGUCAAGAUGGAUCAGUGGUCCAGUUUAAAAUUAAGAGACACACCCCCCUCAGCAAACUUAUGAAAGCGUAUUGUGAAAGACAGGGUUUGUCAAUCAGGCAGAUCCGAUUCAGGUUUGAUGGACAGCCAAUCAAUGAGACGGACACGCCUGCACAGUUGGAGAUGGAGGACGAAGACACUAUUGAUGUAUUUCAGCAGCAGACUGGAGGAGACUGCUGAAGACGGUAACCCUGGAGAGAGCAUCAACUCGCUGAUUUGUGUUCUUUACGGAGUCCGUGUCUUCUGCAUACCAGUUCCACUGCAAUCCAGGGAGGGUGGCGGAGAUGGAAUGAGGAAAAUGGUCUAUUCUCAGAAUAGUCAUUCUUAAAAUCCUGUUUCCCGUAUACACUUGUCCCAGAAUUGUACUGGAAAUGCUCAGCUUUUUUUUUUUUUCCCUUUAAGUUUAUUGUAUGCCUAUGAAAUACAUUUUGUAUUGUAUAUUUUUGUGUUCCCUGCCAGUGAACAGGGGGGGAAGGAUUUGUGUAAGAAAGGACAACAUUUUAGACUGUAACGGUGGUCUAGGACUAUUGCUUUUUCAUAUUUCCAUUGUCAUAAUAUUUCAGUAAAUCACCAAUGAACUGUCUUUUUUUUUGAGGGACUGUUAGAAAGCUUUGGCCACAGGGUUGCAGCCAUGUUGAUUAUCCAAAGGUAACAGGAAAAAAAAAAAAAAAAGAAAAGAAAAGGGAGUUGAAUGCUGGUAGAUCAGGUCUUGAACGAGAUGUUCUUUUUAGUAUGGUAUUCUUAGAGGCUGUGGUGCAGCUGUGUGUACCUCAUAUUUUAACGUUUGCUCACGAUGUGUUCCUAAACGUCCUCCUCAGCAGAUGAUCGUCAGUGUCGCCGUCACCGCCGCGUUUCUUUUAUCGCCUUAGGCCUGUCGUGCCCUCGCGCGUCAAAUCUUCCACGCUGCUUUUUUUUUUUUCCCCCCUUUUCUCCUGAGUACAUGUGUUUUAUUUCAUCUCAGUGUUUCAUAAGUUAAGGUAACCUCUCUCUUUAUAAAGUUACGUUUGGUUUUUUUUUCCCCUCUCCAUUCCAUUCUUCUGCACACAUUUCAGGAUGACUGCAACUCAGGCCUGCAGGACGUGCGUUUUUUUUCAGUUCAGAUGAAGUUGUGGACGGAGGGAUCGGGGGUGGUGGAGUGAGAAAU